AUGCACUGCGACGAGGACUCGCCCCUGUUCGACUUGCAGGACAACGCCACGGUCGCCUUCUUCGACCACCUUGUCGCCUUCAAUCGGUUCGUUUUUUUCGAGGGGGCAGACUUACAAAAAAAUAUGUAAAAAUUUCCUUUUUAGAGGAAAAGACUUUCCAACUUUUGAAAAAUUACUUUGGAUCGGUGUACGGCAGAUCUUAAAAACGCCAAAGGGAACACUUAAGCUAUCAAAAGUGGCCACUCUAGGGGAGCAUACUAGUAGUCAUACGAAAUUCUCGUUGUGAAUGCCCGAAUAAUUCAAAAAUUUGAAUUUUCGCGUGAAAGUUACCGUAAAAAGUUACUUAUCGCGAUAUUUCGUUGUAGGACCCAUUUUUUUUCCAACUGCUCCUGGAACUCUAAUUUUAACCAUUUCGCAAAAUUAUUUUGAACAAAUAACGCGUCAAUUUUAAAAUGGCAGAAAGCAAUUCAAAGACUUCAUUAAGAAAAUGACAUAUCCAUUAAUUUUCUGAAGAAAAGUUCGGUAUUUCUCAAAUUUACCUCAUUUUUCUGCUUUUUAUUGCCUUUUUUGCUUGAACUUAGAGUAACCCUUUCACUUUUUUUAUUUUUUAAGACUUUUCUUUUUCUUUUUUUUUACUACGGUAGUAUCACUUAAUUACUAAAUUACUAUGCUACGAUUUCGUCUACUCCUAGAAGCUUUUUCUGAGAUCAAGUAAAAUUAAAUUCGACUGACUUUUGUUUUUUGAAGUCAGCAAUUCUUUUUACAUACGCAGUUUGCUCAAAACAGAGUGCUCAAAUAGACUAUUCGACGUAGAUCAUAAAAAAGAAGAAGAAGCUCAAAGAAAUGAAAAACGAGGCCAAUCAAGAAGAUACAUUCUGUCGGCUACUUAUGUCUGGGGAGUAUUCAAAAAUAGCUUGAAACUUAGAAAACGAAUGAUUUCGAACGCUUCAAAAUACAAAAUUGAUAAGAAGUACUAAUUUGAACAGACUUUUUCAACAGAUGUGUCUAAAAGUAAUUUGAAAAUUUUCAGCUGUCUGUGUUUUUUUUUUUUGAAAACGUGAACGGCGCAUGGCACAGAAAAAGUGUCAGAAUAAUUCAACAAAUCAAUUUUUGGGAUAAAAUUUAUACCAAAAGCAGCUGGGACACGUCGCUGAAUUAUUCAUGUGUCUAUGAGGGACAAAAAUUCAGAAAAAAAGUCACUUUUAUGCGGUUGAUGGAACGGCAGAAUCCAAUUUUCGGUUUUCUUUUUUUCCUGGGAACUUCCUGAAAGAUUUGGAAGUGUGUGAGACAAAAAUACUAAAAACUUUUUGAGUUUUUACCUUACGAGAAUAAGAAAUUGUUCAUUGUCUGAGUAAGGAUUCGGUAGCGCUCUAUUUUUGGAAAAAAACGUUUUUUUCAAAAAAACUUGUAGUAAAAGUGAGAAACUUCCUUCAAACGUUCUUCCUAGCAAAAAAUGCUCUUUCUACGUUUUUUAUAUAAUACCAAGGCCAUAGAAUAUCUAAAAAGCGGCCAGAUUUUCAAAGGUUUGACUAGACCUGCCUGAUUUCCCCGUAUAAGUAUCUUGAAAAUGGCAAGUCUUUCAAACGAACGGUUCAGAAUUCCUCAUUUUCUUGCCGAAUCAACAGAAAAAUCUACUCAAAAAUAGAAAUCUUUGUUCCUGAAGCUGUAGAUAGUAGCUACAUACGUUUCUAUUAAAAUAUAGUAAUGUAAAGGAUAGAAAGAAAAAACGCAUUAAAACAAAGGGAAGAGAAUGAUGAUCAUGAUAGGAAGAAGCUGUAUAACCUUUCGGGCUGACCCGCGAUUUGAAGCAGUCUCCCAGGGCCGACCCGCAGUUGAAAACGAGUAAACAAGGGAAAGUAUUAAAAAAAAUAGCUUUUUUGGGUAUGUGACCGUUUCGCGGUUCGGGCUACCCUCUGAGAACCUCUGAUGAAAAAUAAACGAAAAAAAAGCGUAUCUCAAUUGAAAAAUCACAGGAUCUACUCGAACGUACAUCGUUACCUAUGCCUGAUGGUGUGUUCCGCGGGAAUCUGCCUCAAUCUCCUUCAUUUCUACGUCCUGACGCGUCGGACGAUGCGGGCCUACGUCAUGAACGCACUUCUGUGCGCCAUGUGCGUCUGUGACGUCACCACGAUGGCCUCCUACUUCAUCUACAUCCUCCGCUUCCGCAUCUUCGACAACUCUUCCGAGUUCUUCGGGUAAUUAACUUUUGAAGGGAUAUUUUCAGUGCAACAGAAGGUUUGAGAGGGUAUUGCCAUACAGUGUAGAUUCACGGCCGGCUUUAGCCAAAAAGAAAAAAAAAAAGAAAAAAAGGUCCUGCCGCUCCAAGCUGGCCGUGAACAGACUAUAGAACUCCCCGUCGGAUUUUUAAAAAAUUACUCAGAAAUUUCCGUAAUUUCGAAAGAAAAACGCGGUUUGAUCUUCAUGAUAAUACAGCGAAGAAACGGCUUACACGAACUUACCACUGGGAAAAUUUUUAGUGACCACUUCAGUGUUUUGACGUUUUAGGCGAAAAUGCAAUGGUAUCUUUAGAAGUCUAAAUGUUAUUACCAGGGUACUGGAAACCACUGUGAUGGUCACUAAGACGCAAUACAGUGGCUUCUAUAGAGGUGGUUUUAGUGGUCACUUUAGUGUUCUUUAAGUAGUCCUUGAGUGGCCACUAGAGUUUUUACCAAUAUUGUCAAGUUUUUUAAUGUGAAUUUUGAAGAUCAAUAUUUUUAAAACCUAAUCGAAAGCUUUAAAAUAUUGUUCCUACUAAAUCAGUUAAAAAUUUCAAUCAAGAAAAAUGUUGAGUUGUCCAUAGAGCAACUUUGCUGUAAAAUGAGUCAUCUUUUCUCAAUAUACCAUUUUUCUUCGAUUAUACUGAUUAAUGUAGAAUUGACUGUUUCAUACCGAAGCAAAAACCUUCAAAAGAUGGCCUCGAUGUUGCAAAUCGCGUGUUACACUUGCAUUAUACCUAUAGUUUUUAUAUAAUAAAAACGUGUAGGUACUCCUAUCCGUGGCUCGUGUUCCUCAUCUUACACGUCACGACUUCGAUCGCCCUCCACACGUCUUCCCUGUACCUUUCCGUCGUGAUGGCCUACAUCAGAUGGACCGCUUUGGACAGACUUGACGCCAAAUGGAUCAACCACAGAGCCCUAAGGUCACUUGGAAAAGAAGUUUAUUAGUGUUACUAUCUUCUGGAUGUCCAAAAAUGGGCCAAAAACGCUUUGAUGUCCCUGAUGCAGGCUUGCGUGAGGGCCGGCCCGUCAGCAUAUCGGGCUUCGAUUUGGCCCGCCGUGGUCUUAAAUAAGAAGGGCCUUACUGGCCCAAAGAGCGCACAUUUUUUUUUCAAUUUUUUUAAAAAUUAUUAUGAAAAAAAUCUUUUUUUCGAUAUUUCAAAGUUGUUUCCGAAUCCUGGCUUGACCAAAGCUAGCGCAGGCUUCUUCGCACUACGGGCCGGCCCGGCUAAGCCCGCCCAACGUGUCCCAAAAGCCUUCCCUGAUGUAGAUCCUGAAGUCUCAACCUGCAAAUUUUCGAGAAAUAAUAUAUCAAAGUCUGGAAAUGACUCUUUUUGAACAUGUUUUGAUAUGUUUAUUGACUUUCAGAUGUCAGUUUUUUUUUUUUUCAAAAGCAGUUUGAAGCUUCUAGGAUCUCCAUCUGGUACAUCAAAGAGUUUUAUGACCCAUUUUCAAAACGUUCCGAGAAUAUUGACAAAACCCAUUUUUCAGACACAUAUUCUUGUUCACAGCGCUCGCCGUGUCGUUGAUAUCAGUUCCAACUGUGAUGGUUCACAAGAUUGUGACGGUUAAGGAAGUCUUGGACUCGAAUGAUACAAAGGUAAAGCUCUACUCUUAGGUGAAAAGGCUGAAAAGUUUAGAAAUGACAAAAUUUAUCGAUUUUAAAAAGAAAAAAAAAUAGAAAAAGUAUCAUGUGUUUAUUACUCACGCUUCCAUUUCAAUCUCCGAAUUUCAAACAAAAGUUCUUUUAUGGGAUUUUUAAUUUUCAAGCUUCUACAAAUUUUUUCAAUUAUCAGUUUAUCUCAGAUUCUAGAAACGCGACCUUCUGAAAAUUCAAAAAUUUUGGAAUUCGCCCUGAAUUUUUCCAAGUUAUCUUCUUCAGGAAGCUAAUAUUGUUCUAAGUUUAAAGCAGAAUAAUCUCGAUUUUUUUUCCUGCAGUUUUAUAGUUCUUAUUACGCUAUAAACAUUGAACAAAAAGAAAAAUUCGCGAUUAUAGGAAAAAUUUUAAGUUAUAUUAUUUAUGGCGUUUAUUUUGCACCUGCUGUUCCUCGUUGAAAGUUGUAUAAUGAAUGAAAAAUGUUUUUUUUCUUUAUCGUUUUUCUCCAUUUCCAAAAAAUUGCCAAAGUUUAGAGUUGGUUUCAUCUUAAAUCCAUUUUUUUGAUCAUACUUUUAUCAGGUCUGAAGUUUUUACGAAAUUAUAAAUGGACGUCCUUCGCCUUUUCAGACCUCCUGACUUUUUUCAAUCUUUGUUUGAAAUUAUGAAUAAUUUUUUUAAAGCUGAAGUAAAGCUGUUACCAAUAGAUUAGAAAACUAUUCAUUUUUAGCUCGACGGAUUAUACACCGUACAAUUGGACGAAGAAACUGUGGACGGAUGUCGGUUGUUUCGCGCCAAUCUCUGGAUCACCGGGAUCAUGUUCAAGGUCGCUUUUCGAUCCAUAAAAAGCUUUUUCAUUAGUCAAUUUCCAGGUUCUUCCCUGCAUUUUAAUCUUCUGGUUCACGAUCGCCCUGAUAUGGAAGCUAUGCGAAAUGAGCGAGAAAAGGCGACUUUUGCGUGGUGAAAAGUUCAAGCCGAGUGUAUGUAGUCUGCUCGGACAGCAGCCGUGAGUUUCCCUUUCGGAAAAAAAAGAAUUAUUUAGUUCAUCUUGCUGUUUUUGGGAUCAUUUAAUAAUUUAAAUGGCGAAGAUUACCCCGAUAGAUACGUUUUGCGUGCAAUUUUUUUUUUUUUGCAUUCAAGUUUGUCAGACGUUUUCUGGGAAGCCUCUGUGAAUUUUUCGCGUCAUUAGAAUUUUGGUCGCACUUGGAAUGGAUCAUUGCGUUGCGGCUGCGUAGCGGUUGGUCUCAACCAAUUUUAGCCGCUUGAUUCAAUGCUUUGAGAGCGCAAGUCGUUUUUGGUCGGGUGAGCCUUGAAAAGUGAAGUCAUUCCAAGUGCGACCAUAGAAAUUUGAAUAAAAGGAAUAAAAACAGUCAUUUUUUUCCAUUUUUUUCACAUUACAAAAGUUGAAGCUUCCUUGGAGACUUUUAGAUGUAAAAUAACUUUUUCACUUCAAAUUUUUGAAAAAAUAAUUGAGGUCAUUGUAGAUUUUAAGGGUUAACCACUGCUGACUUGUAUGAAAAAGGAAUUCUAAACUUCUCAGUAGUUUUUUUCACUUUUUCUUCAACAUUUUAUUUCGCUAAUUUUUUUAUUCAACUAGGGCGAGCAGUUGGAAAAUUAGAAAGUUCAAGUAAUAUGUCACCACAGAUGGAGAAAUUUUAAUUGUUUCCAGUUCAUCAAAUUCAUGUCUAGACAUAUUUUUUUCUUUCAAAACAAGAAAACGAGGUUGAAAACUUGUUUUUUUUCCAAGGGGUAAACAGAAAAAAGUUGUUUUUCUUUUUUUGGUUUUUUUUUAACUUUUGGCUGAUCAAGAUUUUGAUAUAGAUAAAUCCUGGGGUUUUUCUUCUGACAAAAAAAGAAAAUGUCAGAAGAAGAGGAGAAGAGUAAACUUUUGAGCUAGAAGUUGAUGCCAUGAAUUAAGAAACACGUUUUUUUGCAAUAUUUGACAAAAAGUAAUCUAGUUGGGCCACAUUUGAACAAAAUUUCUAAGUCCACGAUGUCUUUUGCAAAAAAAAUAAUAGAAAAUUCCAAGGAAUUUUUGAGCUCUUAUGAGAAGGUGCAAUGAAGCUAAUUCCGAAAAAACCGAAGAGCAGACGAAAAAUUAGGUUUGAUCAUAGAACAUGCAAGUUCAACCUACUUUGAAGAAUCGCUAAAUUUUAUCUUGUUUAAUAGAGAGAUAUUCAGAGAUUAAUACCAUUUCGAAAAUAUAUAUUUAUUUGAAAAGCGAAAAAACACACAGUAGAAAGAAGCAACAGAAAAAAUAUCAAAGGAAUAAAGGAAGGUCACUAGAUCAGCAAGAUCACCGUUUCGAAGACAUGAUAAAUGAUAAAUGUAUGUUUUAGGGUCGUUGCGGUCCCUUUUUUCCCUACAUAUUUCGUAGCGUACAGCAUAAGCGAUUAGGAGAAAAUAAUAGAAAACUAGUGAAAAAAGUUUGAUAUGAUAAAAGAUAUAUCUUAAGAAAUAUGAGUGAAAUUUUUUUAUUUCCACGUAGUUUUUAAACUUCAUUGAGUCUGCUAUUUUUUUCAAUAGGAUCUGUGUCGAAUCGUAUAAAACUUUUCUGAAGAUGGAAAAAAGUUUAAAAAAAAAUUUUCGAGAAAAUCUGAAAAUAUCAUCUUUUUUGCAUAGAAUCAGGCUUGAAUAGGGGACUUUUUUAUUUAGAUUAGAAAAUCCUAUUUUAUAAUGAAAAAAAAUUGAUCCAAAACGCAUCGCAAACGCAGAAACUGCAAGUGUCGCACUCCUCUUUUUUUUUCAAAUUGAGAAAAAAUAAAUUAUAAGUUCAACGAAUUGAAAAUCUUCUUUCUCAUGAGUCUGAUUGCAGGAGAGUGAGAAAGCUGAGCUCGGCGAGCAUCGACCGGACGACGCUGAUGCUGAUCGUCAUGAUGACCGUGUUCCUGUGCACGGAAAUGCCUCAAGGCCUGAUCGCCCUCCUCUCGGCCAUGUACCCGACCCACGUGCACACGCUCAUCUACGUCAACGUCGGCGAGCUGCUCGACAUGCUGUCGUUGAUCAACUGUCUCGUCUCGUUUGUCGUCUACUGCGUCAUGAGCUCUACCUAUCGGGCCACAGUCCGCUCCAUCUUCUCCCGCAAGAAAAAACCUCAGCUCAAUCACACGUCUAGGCUUUUGACCUGA